GUUAUUAGUGAGCGGUGGGUUGUCCCAGGAGUACUAUCUAACAAUUUUGGGCUGCAGUUGUAUCAAGUGUAUCUAGACGACUCUCCUUUCCAAGGAAACCAGCAGCCCAAUCAAACUGCUAGACAUCUCCUUAAUAAUAGGAUGCCUAAAGUUUAGUGCCGUUUGCGCUUGGGGUUUGUAUCCAUGGCUACGUCAGAGUAUUGCGGCCCUGAGGACUCGGAUCCUGUGCUGGAGGAGACAGAUGUGUAUAAAGCAACAUCGAAUAGCGACUUUGUGAUCGUCCGACGCGUGCGGCUCUACCACUCUAGGUUUACCACUUAUCACAACAUUGAGGAGACCGAGGACGACAACAAGCAGUGGAUCCUUACUGCACAGUGCGAGCUUCAACCUCGAAAUGCAGCAGAUAUCAAGGAAUCGUGCUUAAAGUAUGUGCGACCGCGUGGACAGUGGGCAAUUACGACUCUUGUCAAGCCCAAGUCAAUCGGCACAAAAUGCCAGCCAGUCCAAUUGUACAUGUUCACGCUGUCUUGGCCCACCCGCUGGGCUGCCAAGGGCUAUACCUCCUUCACCUUUGGCUUCCCAACUCCCGAGGAGGCCCGCCACUGGCACGCGCGCCUAGCAGCCCGCUUGGAGGCCAUUCGUGUGGAAAAGGCCGCGGCUGCUGCUGCCUCCGCGGGUUCCGUUCCUGUCUCUAGCGCUGCUCCAAACAGCAGCAACCACCCGGCAACCCGGGGGUCAGCGGCGGGCGCCAGCUCCGGAGGCGUCCAACGCAACAGUGUGGGCGGCGUGAGUGGCGGAGGAGCGUUGGGGCUGACGAAGAGUGUCAGCGCGGGCGGCAAGAGGAUGUCGAUGGAGGGGGCGGAUGCGGGCAGCCCCUUUGCACGGGCUGUCACUAUGGAGGGCGGCCGACACCAGCGCAGCGCCACAGCACUGUCCGAACCAGCAAAACGAGCCUUGUUGUAUGGUGCUGCCAGCGAUGACCCCUUGAGCUCCGCCAUCGACGCAAACGCAGCUACCACCACCACCGCCGCCGCAUCGCCACUACAGCCAGAACGCUCAGCCCCCGCUGCUCUCCGCACCUCGUCCAAGACCCCGGUGAUGGCAUCGGCGUCGACACCGUCGCGUCCGCCGGCGCCGCCACCCUCGCAGCCGGCGCCGCCGGCAGCGACUGUGCAGCUAGCGUCGACGAGGCCACCGCCGGCGGCGACGGCGGCGCCUUCGGCGCCGACUGUACGACUGGAUCCCGCCUUUGCGCCUAGCAGCAGCGACAGCGACGAGGAGGAGGAGCUUGCGGAUGGCGCACAUCAUCGCUCGCAGCAUGGUUCACGUCGGGUGCAGCUCGCAAACACGUCGCGACCCAUGGGUCAGCUCCCAUGCGGACGGCUGGGCGGCGGGUCGGGACCGUGCAGGCCGCCACGAGGGAAUACGCGGGGCGAUGUACGGCACACGAAACAGAGAUGGGUGCCGUACAAGCAGGUGAACGGCGUAGCCAUUUACCAUCGGCCACAGACAGCCGGCGACGCAGAGGCUGGCGUGGGUGGCGAGUUCAUGGUGAGCACCGUGGUUCGCGGCAGCCCUCGUCGCUGUCUGGGGGCGCUUACCUCUAAUUGCGGCAACACCACCAUCCUGGGACCGGCACUGAGGUCGGAGGUGCUGCAGAAGAGGCGCGCGGUGGAUGAAAAGGAGAUCCAGCGCAUCGUGCUUCAGGCGCCUGGUCUUACGGGUGUGCUGUGCGCGCCUCGAGAGGUGGUGGUGGAGACGGUGUUCAAGAUGGAUGAAACAGGCCCCACACUCGUCCUCAUGUUUAACAGCUGCGAGCCGCCGGCACGUUUCGUGGAGCGGCGAGCUGGCGACCUGCAGCAGCAGCUGGAGGAGGAGGAGAUGGAGGAGUGUCAGACCGCCACGGUGGGCCUACGCCGCAGCUGGUGGGGGCAGCCGGUCAUGGCGCGGGUGCGAGGCGGCUACACCAUGGCACCCCUGGAGGAGUACUCGCUGGACAACUCCCCCGAGGCGCUGGUCACGUGCAUCAUGAAGGUUGACCUGGGUGGUGUUUGCGGCGAGCGCAGCUGGUUGCGUCUGGGUGCGGACCUGGUGGGUUGGACGGACGCCUUCCUGGACCGAAUGCUGAUGGCGGUGACGCUGCUGCGGGAUGAGGUGGAGCAGGGGCGCUUCGUGGUGCAGCCGCUCAGCAUGGUGGCCUCCUCGCGCGUCAAGGAGCGCGAGCGUGACAGCGUGGCCGCACUGGACAGUUCCCUGGGGCGGGUUCGUUCCAUGGACGGCGGUGGCGGCAGCUGUGGCUUCAGCAUGGCGGCAGCGGCGGCGGCGGCGGCAGCCACGGCGAUCGGCGCCGCUGGCGGAGGCGCCGGCGGCCGACGCGGCAUUCAGUGCCUGUUGCCGACGGGCCGCUCUGGCGGCAGUACCCGUACGUCGCUGACAGCGGCGGCGGGCUCCGCUGCGGUAGCGGCGGUGCGGGACGCGGAGACGUCGGAUCGCCCGCUCCUGGUUGAUGGCGGCGCCGACGGCGCCGCUGCAGCGGAUGCCAAUGGCGCCGCCGCCGCCAGCGGCGGCGCCGACGGGGGCAAUGCUGACGGCAGCCUGGCCUCUGCCGCCGCCGCUGCCGCGGAUGGAGUGUUGGCGGAGGGUGCUGUUGCGGGUCUGGUGCCGAGCCCCUUCAUGCAGCAAUACGAAACCAUGGAUGACGUCCUGGACCGCAUGCGGCGUCUCGCCUUCCUGGAGCCGCAGGUGUGGGACCAGCUGCACCAGCCGGGCAAGGACGCGCCCUUCAAGAUCCGCGGCCCCACCUACCUCAAGGACCGCAAGAAGAUCCCCGCCGGCUACACGCGCUUCGUGCUGGGCUCCAUGGACGUCAUCCAGCAGCCGCCCGGAGCGCUGCACGAGCAUGUGGCUCGCUUCCUGCCCUCCAUCAGGCAGAGCGGUGCGCCCUUCUCCCUGAUCGUGCACCUGGUAAUCCCCGGCACCCCUCUGCUGGGCAUCGUAGCCACCUUUGUCACCGACCGCCACCCCUCGCAACUGGGGCAGCCGCCGGCGCAACCCAUGGAGGAAGACCACGACUGGGAGCCCUUUGACUUUGUGCUACACAAGUACAUGAACGGCUCCACCCACACCCGCAACCAUAUGCUGAAGCUCAUUCCGCACAUCGCGGAUGGCUCCUGGAUGAUCAAGCAAAGCGUGGGAACUACCCCCGUCAUUCUGGGCAAGCAGCUCCGAACCAUCUACUACGAGACGCCGCAGUACAUUGAGAUUGACAUUGACAUCUCCGCCAACAACGUCGCCUCCUACGUGACCGGCCUGGUUCGAGGAGCCACUCGCUCCCUGGUAAUCGACAUGGGCUUUGUGCUGGAGGGCACCACCCCCUGGGAGCUGCCCGAGGCCCUGCUCGGCACCCUGCGUCUGUACAACCUGGACACGCGCAACGCCAAGCUGAUCGACGUGGACAAUGAAAUUCCGCUGCGGCCGCCCACCGUGGCACCGCUGCCUCCAAAGUCUGCUCCUGCUGCUGCUGCUGCUGCUGCUGCUGCUACACCGCAGACGCCGCAGCAGCCGACUGCUGCCGCACCGCCCUCAGCAGUGGCGGCAGGGGGAACUCCGCUGCCGCAGCAGCCGCAGCCGCCACAGCAGCAGCAGCAGCCGGGGCUGCUGACACCGGGCUCCUCAAUGCACCCACCGCCUGUGUCCUCCCAGCAGCUGCCUGGCACGCCUGUUGCACCCUCAUCGCAGCAGCAGCAGCAGCAACAACAGUCGCCGCUGCCCACGCCGCUGCAAACCCCGCAACGGCCUCAGCAACAGCAGCAGCCGCAGCAAGCGCCGCGCAGCAGCAACAACGUCAGCAGCGCCGCUGUUGUGGUGAGCGGCAGCUUGGGCGGCAGCCAAACGCCCGCCGGCUUGACGCCUACCGCCAGCACCAACGGCUUGGCUAAUGGUGGUGGCGCGGGCAGCGUGCAUGGGGCCAACAGCCCCUCGCAGCAUGCAGCGGCGGGCAUUGUUGGCGGCGCCACGGGCAGCGUUGUGACGGUUGGCAAUGGCAAUGGAGAUGCGGCGACGUCACCGGCGCAGCAGCAGGCUGUUCCGGGCCUCCUGUCCGCCGGCGCUGAGAGUCCGUCCCAACCCAAGGCCGCCACCACCACCACUGCAACCUCCGCCGCAACCUCCACCGGGGGUGCUACUUCGGCAGGGCCGUCAUCACCCGCCCCGCAGCAGCACCAAGACAGCAACAAUAUCAGCGCUGGCGGCGCUGCUGCUGAGGCCACUCCCUCAAAGCGCUAAGGGCUGGACGGCGGUGACUGGGAUAAGGACGGGGGAUUUGGCUGCUGGGUCUGCCGCCAAGACACACACAUAUCUUCUAGUUUUCUUAACACAUAUCUUCCCAAGAAAGCCAGGUGCACUGAGCCGUGCUCAGCCAUAGGAGGUCUGCAUGUCAGCCCGCAGCCCAUCAUGCCAGACACACGGAAAGCGCGCAUGUGUGCAUGUCUCUUGUCUUCCUGCAUGCGCAUUGUGCCUCGUGCAAGCGCACAACACGGGUGCAGCGUAUGUACGUGAGUGAGAGGUGUUUUGCAUCUUUUGUGUCGCCCGCGAAUGGGCGCUCGGAAUAGGGAAGGCCUUAUAGGAGCUACCGGGGCCUGCAUGAAGCAUGUGCUGUUUCUGGCGUGCCUGUUUUGGUGUGUCUGUGCUGCUGUGUCGGCUCAUCUGAGGGCUGAUGGAAGAACGUCACAUUAAGGAGAUGUGGCCGGCACGCGCGUUGUGCCUUUGUCAGUGCAUGUGCAGUGGAGAUAACCGAGCCUGAACAGCUGUUGGCGUGUACGGAUUGUGCCCCUUCCUGUUCCAUUUUUAGUGAUGGAAUGGGCUGCGCUGAGGACUGACUGAUGGGGUCCACUACACAGGAUGUCUUGAACUGUGGUGGCUGAAUGUAGAAGGAAGGGCGAGAUGAGGAAAAGAUUGUGAACUCACGGGAGACAGGCUUGCUGAAAGGGAAAUGUAGAAUGAUGUGUUGUGAUAAGCGGGUCAAGUGGGGCUUAUGAAUGUUAUGCAGUACUGGAGUAAAUAUCUGGGGUCGGACCUUCUAGAUACCCCUGACAGGCCCAAGGGCCUUUGCGGGUGGGCUGGUGUAGAGGAAUGACUCUUUUUGGCGUGCGUGUUUUGUUACCCGCUGUUACAUUGCUUGCCUGAGCAUAAUCCACCAAGCUUGGGGCUGUGUGCCUCACUACCAAUGCAAGCGUUGCAGGGCGCCCUAUCCAAAGAUGCCGUGUCAGUUCUAUUUGUGCCUGCUAAUAAUGCUUGGGUGCCCGGGGCUUGGGAGCAAGGCUGACUAAUGUGUAUUUCAUUUGAAUCUCCGGUGCUGAAGUGGGUGGUGAUGUGGGUGCGACAUGGCUGAUGCCGUAAUUAAUCCUAUGUAACAAGGGAUACCAG